AUGUCUGGCCAGACUCCACGGACUUGGUCCAACCCAACGGAGGUUUAUGCAGAGGAAAGAGGCAGAAGUGCUGGCGACGUGGGCAGUAACGGCAGCAGAAGCGACACCGAUGAUGCACACUCGGACGACGACGACAUGUAUCAUCAUCAGAGCAGUACUAGCCGUUUCAUCACUGAUCAGCAAGAGCCAGAGGGCCAACUUUCUUCCUUUCAAGAGCAACACGAGAGUGGGACCUCCUCAGGCGUGCAGCAUGGUCGACGGGGUCAGCAGCGUACCGUGGCAGGGUACACAGCGCCCCUCCAAUGGGAACAGCAACAACAACAACAACAUCAACAUCAACAGCAGCAGCAGCAGCAGCAACAGCAGCAGCAGCAACAACAGACAACGGAAUCACUUUACACGUUGCCCACCCCGCGGCAGACGCAGACGCACCUUCCGGCGGACACUCAGACACUGCAAACGUAUCAGCACUACCAUCAACCAGAGCAACAGCAUCAGCAUCAGCAUCAGCAUCAGCAGCAGCAGCAGCAGCAUCAGCAGCAGCGUCAGCAGCAGCGUCAGCAGCAGCAACAACAACAACAUCAGCAGCAACGGUCUCAUACAGGUACAGCUUCGACGCGUUCACUCAGCAGCAGUAUCGUUCGCGAAGUAACCGUGUGUCUAGAACAAUGCUUCGUGUCCUCGAAAGGUACGGAAAUGUAA